AUGAGGGCCGAUGAUAGUGAGGAUUCAUGGGAGCGCAUGACAACGUCAUCAAGUGAAGACCUUGGACUCCCAGAGCCUCCAAAAUGUGUUGCUGCAUCUCUGUUCAAACAGGGUGCAAACAACACUCAACAGGCAGGCCGGGAGCAGGAGCGUGGUGUGGCCUCUCAUUGUGAGCCUUGUGGCUUUGAUGAAGUGCACAAGAGCUUCUUGUCUUCCGUUCUGUCCAUGCAGCACACCCAACUUCAUGUGCUGCGGGAACUGAAGCAGGCAGUGGAAGAGUUGAAGUGUCAGAUAUCUCAGCUCAAGUCCAAGUCCCAGAGGUCUUGCAUUGCUCGUCGUGUGGGUCAACGCCGGGGCCGUUCCCACAUUGAGAUUUUGAGGGCCUCUGCAACGUCAGUCCAGGGUGUGCGUAAGGAAGUGAAGCGGCCCAGUUCAUAUUCUUAA